GGAGGGCGCGCCCGGGACGAACUGGCUGGGGGCUCCCGGGACCCUGCAGGGCGCGCGUCCGGGAGGCUGUCAUGGAAGGAACUAGCGGCGGCUUCCGGAAAGAGCUGGUGGGCAAGCUGCUGCAGCUGCAUUUUAAGGACGACAAGACCAAAGUCAGCGGGGAUGCCCUGCGGCUCAUGGCGGAGCUGCUGAAGAUCUUUGUUGUGGAAGCGGCCGUCCGCAGUGUCCGGCAGGCCCAGGCGGAGGACCUGGCUCGCGUGGACGUGGACCAGCUGGAGAAGGUGUUGCCUCAGCUGCUCCUGGACUUCUAAGGGCUUCCGCCCCCACCGCCGCCUGCAUCGCCGGUGCCCACGCCCCCCUGGCCCCUGGCUGCAGACAAGGGCAGGACGAUCCCUGCCCAAGAACCUCCU